AUGGAACCGGCGGACCUGAAAAGCGAGGAAAGCUCCGAGGAACACGACGAGUCGGAAGAGAGUCUCGAAGAGUCCGGCGUGACUUCCCACGGCGACGCUGCGUCCUCCAGCGACCCAGGAGAUUACGAAUCGUCGUUCAAGUCGAGGAAGGGCCUCAAGGAGGAGCAGAAGAACGUGCCGGCCGCGGUCUUUGCAUUUGUAUCCGUGCUGAUCGUCUCCUUCCUGGUCAUGGUGGCCCUUCUGGUGGUUCCGAGAGGGAGCGGCCGUCAUAACGAUGCCCAUGACAUUGAACCACUGCGACCGGCGGAAGACUUCGGACGGAAGAAGGGACGAAGUGGCACCGAAGAGGCGAGGAAGGAAGAAGAGGCAACGGGAGAUCUCGUCACGUCGCUCCCGCAGACGACGUCGACCCGCAAGAGAUAUUUCAGCCUUGCCGGCUACGGUGACGCCAGCGCGCCCGACGGGGAUGCGACAUCCGUGGAGUGCGACACCGAGUCGUGCCGAUGGGAGAGCCGGCUGGUGAACGACAUGCUGAACGUGACGGUUGACCCGUGCGAAGACUUCUACGCGUACGUCUGCUCGUCCGCCUGGGAACGUUCCAGUGACGACCUUCCUUACAGGGCGGCGGGAAGGGCCUUCCUGAUCAACGAGAUCACGAGGUACCUCCAGGAACACGCCCAUUCGGUACCAUCCGCGGCCACAAAGGACGUCAGUCACGGCAAGCACAACUUCCUUGACCACUCUAGCAUUGUGCUGAGCGGGUGCCUGAAGAACGCGGUGCCCAAAGAUGUCCACCAGUGGGAUGGAAUCAGAGGCCUGCUCAGGGACGUCGGCCUUGAGGACUGGCCCUACGUCGAACCGCCACCGCAACCUUUCAGCUGGAAGAGUUUUGAGUCUCAUCGAUCGGCAAUGGCUGUGUUUCCUAUCGUCUACGUCUUUUUGCGGAAGCUUUCAGAUGACGGUGACUACGUCCUCCAUCUGGAUGCACCGAGGGACUUUCUUUCCGUGCAGUACACGAUGCAGAAGACAAAGGCGUCCCUUCCUUACAAGGAAAUAAUCCGGCAAGUUUUGACUCUGUGGAAGACACUGCCACGUAGCGGAACUCUGGCCGAUGACGUCACACGCUUUGAGGCGCAACUUUUCGAGGCGUCCAAGCCCAUCCCCAAGCCACUAUGGAAGAAAGACGCCGUCCACAACGUGAAGGAAUUCCCGAAGCUUCCGAACUUCCGCGUGGACGUCUACCUUUCGCACCUGCGGAAACGCCACGCGGAUGACGUUGUGGUUCUCAACGAGGCGUACGUCAGGAACCUCUCGGCCAUCUUGCCCAAGCCCACUCCCCGGACUAUCCUGAAUUUCCUCGGCUUCAGCGUCAUCGCGCACGUGGCUCCGCUUCUGCCAGAAGAAUCGAUCCCUGGAGAGCUGGUGCGCAUGGGCUAUCCGAGCUUCCAGCACCGCGUGAAUCCCAGGGUGCAGGGCUGUUUCCAUUUGGUCAACCGGCUUUACCCGCAUGGCGUCCGGUGGAUAUUGCGGGACAUACUGGCCAAGACUCCCGACCUGGACCGUCAGUGGGCCGUCACGACCAAGAACAUGGUCUCCUCGCUGGCGCACACCUUCCACGAGGGCACCGUUUUGGAUGCAGAGCCUAGACGUUGCCGACGCCGUCAAGCGCUCAAGACUCUGCAGGUGGGCUACCUCGAGGGCCACGAGCGCGAAGAACAACUCGACCAGUACUACGCCCCCACGAACGUCACCUACGCGACGAAAGAUCUAGUCCGACACUACGGAGAGCUGCUCGCAAGUAGCCUGCACAUGUACUGGAGGUCGAGCAAAGGCGAAGACAACUACGACGCGCGCCACGACACGCGCUCGGGCGACCUUGACGCUGCCUGGACGCGCGCUCCGGAAUCGACGUCGGGCGUGUACCUGACGUCGAGUGGCGUAUCCUCCGCGGCGCUGGUCGCGCGAGCCGCGUACCCGUCCACGCUGUUCCCGCUACUAGCGGCCGACUGGUCCAGCUGGACUCUGGACCGGUUCGGCGAACUGCAGUACUGCCUGCUGAAGCGCUACAAGAGCGGCGUGCGCAGGCUUCGCGUCUCCACGAGGAACGUCCGCUACUUCCUCGCGGAGAUCCUGGCGGACAACGCUGCGGUCAAGCCCCUGAUGGCCGCGUUCCAGCGUUUCUCGCACGGAACGACUCAUUUUGGUUCCGACGGACGGCGCUUCUCUAACCGGAUGGUGUGGCGGCUGUUCUUCGUCAACUACGCGUCCGGAUUCUGCGUACCCAGGGACGAAGCGGCGCAGUUCGACGAGCGCAUGCGCCACCGUCUGAGCCUGCCGCCGAACGUCCGGGUGAACCUGGCCCUCAUGGAUGUGAGGGAGUUCCGGGAAGCGUUCAAGUGCACGCAGGAGUACGGUUCGCCGCAGUGCCCCGUGUGGAAGCGGAAGGGUGACGGUCAUGGCGGGAACUUGGACGCGGCCUGA